CUCUAGGAAGAGUUAUGCAUCUCUACCUUGUGGGUAGAGAGCCUCUCAGCUUUAUCACAAAGCUCUCACACACACUUAACCCGAGGCAGCUACUCUAGCCAAUUAAGCCUCAAUAUUCCAAGUACAAUAUGAAGGGGAAAAGAGAAACUCUAUGUUGGGAUAUAUUAUCCCGGCCUAUUACUGUUCAGGAGCCCAAGACAUUAUCCAGUACGGAGCCCGAGCAGCUAGGCCCAUUUCGGCCUAGCCGGCCCACUUUGACCACCAAGCCUGAUAUCGGCCCGUUUGGCCCAUUAGGGUGGAGAGCCCCUUCUCUCCUUCCCCUAUAAAUACGGAGCUUAGCCUCCAUGUAAAGGAUCUCUUUCCUUCUCCAACUCAUUUACUUUCUCUAGAAUAGCUCAAUACUCCAUUAAUGGGAGCUUGUACAAUGUAAUUGUGAGGAGAGUCCUAAUGAGAAAGAGAGGGCUUGGACAUUAGCCUAAAAAGUCCCGUGGUUUUCUCCCUUUCGGGUUUCCACGUAAAAACUGAGUUGUUCAUACACAUUUAUACAUAUAUUUACUAUAUCGUGUUGGAUUAAACUCAACACUGGCGCCGUCUGUGGGAAUCUGUCCAAAAAGAUUCAUGUAUUUCUACUGUUCUUGAGUUUCUACUGAGUUUCUACGAAAAACUCAUACGAAAUGGACUGAGUUCAACCAAGAAAAAACGAUUCUGGAAAGCAAACAGGAUGAAAGAGAUCUGACGAAAAAAGGGAAGGAAAAAAUUAGAAGAAGAAGAAAAAGGAUUCUGGAAAAGAAAGAACGAAGGAAGCCCAGAUCUGGGAUUUGGCGGACCUUGGCCGGAGCAGCCAGCUGUACCGUCGCGGGAGGGUGCUUGUUGUGACUGUUGCGGAAUGACCUGGGGGAUGUCCGUCCAACGUGUUAGAAGACCGAGCUGCAACACUCCAUUUCAGUCUGUUAUUUCAUCAUUAUAUUGUCGUUGGGCAUCACUCAGAUCGCUGCCCGUGUCACUCAGGCCGCAGCUUGAUUUCUUAAUUCUAAUCGCUGGGAUACCCACCAACCGACUACAAGUCGCCCAACGCACGUCACCCAACCGUGGCGACGACCGGCAUCAGAACCCAGAUGCCCGCAUUAGAACAGGGACUGCCGCCGAUACAGUUGCCGCGCGGGAAUAGAAACCGUCAGCGCUUCAGUCCGCCGCUCGGCUUGUUCGAAGCAUGGCUCGUGUCGUCGUGCUGCCCGGCUUUGACUAACUUACUCGUCGUUCGUUCAAAGCCAAAUCCCCACUGAAUGUCUGCAGGAGAAAGGCCAAGUCCGUGUAUAGUCACUUGGUUUCUAAGCAGGCCACGUCCGCAAAAACCCAGGCCAAGUAAAAGGACUGAUUACUUGGGGAAUUUGACCAAGUCAAAGUUGGGAAAUUCCAAUACUAAGCCGAGGCUCUCUUGGCUUAGACGUUCGUCAACUUGGGACUUAGAAUUGGCUGGAUAAUUGGAGGCCUCGGUUCUUGAGCCAAUUUGUGAGGGAUUUUGACCAAAGUCAAAAUUGGCAUGAGAGACCUCAUCUGGUUCUACAAUCCCUGUUGGCAGAAGCUUUAUCUCCAAAAGCUAAGUACAUAUAUACUUACUUUCAAGUUGUUACAUUUAAUAGUUGAUUAUUCAAAAGAUAAUAUUGCCAGUAUUUUUAUCACCAUUAUUUAAAUAGGGAAUAAAAUCUCCCGAAAUUAAAUAAUGUCGAGCAAUGCUCUAAGUGAUAAUUAGUUUUCACCGUCAUUUUAAUUAAUGAAUUGGUUGUUGUGGGCCCGUCGACCCGCUCCCGAUCGGCUUUAAUUAGCGAGCGGGGCAUAUCUGAAUGGCCUUUUGGUAGGAUAGUAUCAUUACUAUUACCUGCUAUAUCACUAUUAUUUAUUAGGGAUAAAAAUGUCCCGAAAAUAAAUAAUGCAGAGCGAAGCUUUAGUGAUAAUUAGUUCAACCAACUUUUUUAUUAAAUAUUUAAUUGUUGGUGGGUCCGAUUAGCCCACUCUCGAUCGGCUUUGAUUAGCGAUCUGAGCGUCUCCAGAGGGUAGUGCCCCGAUGACGCGUUUUAAUUUGGGGGGUUACGCAUUAGUCCGCACGACACCGAGUGCUCGAGCGAUGAUCGUACCCUAGUACCAUCUACGCCAUUAGGCGCGAAGUGACUAUUGCCGAAUGUGGCCUAUGGGGCCCGAGGGCACAAAAGCACUCAACCUCGUUUUUCCGAGGGCAGUGCGACCGACUUGGGUCUGAGUUUGAAAACUCACAGACCGAUGAAUAUCUCUACGUGACGUUCGGCGGGCUGCUAAUUGGCCCCGCCGCGAGCUGCUACGUCCCUCAACCUCGCACGAUGAGCCGGGCCGAGGGUCACGCCGACCCAUAGGCCGGUAAUCAUGGAUGUUAAAGAGAAGCCAAACAGAUGGCUAUGUGUGUAUAUAUAUUGUCGGGCCGUGCGGCCCGUUACCAUGCUUAUUGUGCAGCUGAAAUCACUCGACGCGCUCGAGCGAAAUGAUUAAACGACGCUCGGCCUGAGUCUUGAAGACGUUCAGGGCCAGCUAAAGAGGAGACCAUCACGGCUGAACACCGUGAGACGAGCAUCUCCACCUAGAGGCCGAGGGCCUAGAGGAGACCACUACGGUUGAGAACCGUGGGACGAGCAUCCCCACCCCAGAGACUGAUGGCUCGGGAAAGAACACCUUGUAGCCGAGGGUCUAGAAGGGACUACCACAAUGGAGAAUCGUGAGACGGUCACCCAUCAUUCCGAGGCCGAGGGCCUAGAGGAGAUCGUCACGUCCGAGGGCCGUCUAACACCAUCAUACCAUGACCGGCCUCUCGGCGCGGCAUGUUCAUGUUUGAAGACCGGCCUCGUCCCCGUGAUGCGCGGACGAGGACUGUUGCUUGAUUUUCUCAGAUCGGCCGCUCAUUGCCGACACCAUUAUACCACGACCGGCCUCUCGGCUCGGCGUGUUCAUCUUUUGAAGACCGGCCUCGUCCCCACACCUCGCGGACGAGGACCGCUGCUUGGUUCUUUGAGGUCGGCCUAUCAUUGCCGACAUCAUUAUACCACGACCGGCCUCUCGGCUCGGCGUGUUCAUCUUUUGAAGACCGGCCUCGUCCCCGCUCCUCGCGGAUGAGGGCCGUUGCUUGAUUCUGUCAGAUCGGCCUAUCAUUGCCGACAUCAUUAUAUCACGACCGGCCUCUCGGCACGGCGUGCUUAUCUUUGGAAGACCGGCCUCGUCCCCGCUCCUCGCGGAUGAGGGCUGUUGCUUGAUUUUCUCAGAUCGGCCGCUCAUUGCCGACACCAUUAUACCACGACCGGCCUCUCGGCUCGGCGUGUUCAUCUUUUGAAGACCGGCCUCGUCCCCACACCUCGCGGACGAGGACCGCUGCUUGGUUCUUUGAGGUCGGCCUAUCAUUGCCGACAUCAUUAUACCACGACCGGCCUCUCGGCUCGGCGUGUUCAUCUUUUGAAGACCGGCCUCGUCCCCGCUCCUCGCGGAUGAGGGCCGUUGCUUGAUUCUGUCAGAUCGGCCUAUCAUUGCCGACAUCAUUAUAUCACGACCGGCCUCUCGGCACGUCGUGCUUAUCUUUGGAAGACCGGCCUCGUCCCCGCUCCUCGCGGAUGAGGGCCGUUGCUUGAUUCUGUCAGAUCGGCCUAUCAUUGCCGACAUCAUUAUACCACGACCGGCCUCUCGGCUCGGCGUGCUUAUCUUUUGAAGACCGGCCUCGUCCCCGCCACAUCGCGGACGAGGACCGUUGUUUGAUUCUUUCAGGUCAGCCUCUCGCUGCCGACACUAUCAUGUUAUGUUCGGCCUCUCGGCACGACAUAUUUAUCUUCUGAAGACCGGUUUCAUCCCCGCGUUGCGUGGAUGAGAGCCGUUGCUUGGAUAUAUCGGCCUGAUCGGACACUAUUGUCAUGUCCUUACCAGGACCGACUGCUCAGCGACCUUAUGAUCAUUGUUUGUCGGCUCCCAAUGCCGACCCUCUUGAGUUUGCGAUCGGGCUCACGACUCCCCUCAAGGAGGGUGACCAUCGCCUUCGCAUGACGACCAGCUAUUCUAUCGCCUCGUCAUUAUAUCCGUUCGCUAUGCCACCACCAUUAUAUGUGACAUCCCGUGAUCCCUACGAGUUUCUUGGAUACCGAAUGUCUUCUUCGAUGUAGGAAGAUCGGUAGGACCACGGACUAGGGACGGGCAAAGAAGAGCUAGGGAAUCUCGAUGUAGAUAAACCUGUUCCUCCUUGCGAGUUUCGCGGAUACCGAACGUCUCUUCGAAGCAAGAGCGCCGGUAGGACCAAGAACCAAGGACGAACGAAGAAUAUAGAUUGCCUCCCCCAAACAAAAACAAAAAAAAAAGAUGGGGAGAAGAGGAGGGUAGCUCCUAUGUGGAAGGGAAUCUUGCCCGGGCGUGCCAGAUCUUCUCCCACCGCCGAAGACGAACGCCUCUCGAUGUAGAGGUUAGUAGAGACGCGGAGGGGGCUAGACGAACCAAGGGAGCUUUGCCAAGAUAAACCUGUUUAUCCCACAAUGACCAUGGAUCGAUGGACGUGGGAUAACAAAGUCGGGAACCCGUGAGGGUAAACCAGUUCGUCCCUGCGAGUUCCUUGGGUACCGAACGUCUUCUUCGAGGCAAGAGACGCCGGUAAGACUAAAAGGACCACGGACGAACGAAAAAGGGGGAAUCUCGGUGUAGAUAUACCAGUUCGUCCCUGCGAGUUCCUUGGGUACCGAACGUCUUCUUCGAGGCAAGAGACGCCGGUAAGACUAAAAGGACCACGGACGAACGAAAAAGGGGGAAUCUCGAUGUAGAUAUACCUGUUCCUCAUUGCGAUGUCCGCGGAUACCGAACGUCUCUUCGAUGUAAGAACACCGGUAGGACCAAGGACCAAUGACGAACGAAGACUAAAAGACUCCAAAAAAAAAAAAAAGAUGCCAGAAGAGCACGGAGCAAAGAAUGAUUUUAUCCCUCGGCGCUAUUGGCCGGGAAGUACAAACUGAAAAACAUAUGUAAAAGAAUAAUUACAAAACUUAAGUACGAAGAAUGAGGUGGCCGACGACGAUCGGCUAACAUCAGGUUUUCUUUUGUCUUAAACGACGAAUACCAGCUCCCCAGAUCAGACAGGAGGGACAUCGCCCAGAUUUAUUUCAGGCUCACCGUUCCUUCCCGGAUGGAGUCCUGGCAGACGAUCGGUUUCUCACAGCCAAUCAGGAGAGAGACUUGACACAUCACCAGCACGGCCGAGGGUCGUGAGACGAUUACCACUCACCGACAGGCCGAGGGCCAUGAGAUGAUCAUCACUAUUUUUCUGUAUCACGAUCGGCCCCUCAGCGCCAUCGUGUCCUGAUUCACGGUUUGGCUCGCCCAUUCCCUUCCAGGAUGGCGACGACCGUCUUAUGCAGUGCGAUCGGCCCCUCAGCGCCAUCGUACCUAGCUCACGUUCAGCUCGCCCAUUCCCUCCAGGAUGGCGACGACCGUCUUAUGCAGCACGAUCGGCCUCUCAGCGCCAUCGUGUCUCUUUCACGUUCGGAUCGCCCCAUUCCCUCCAGGAUGGCGACGAACGUCUUAUCCAGUGCGAUCGGCCCCUCAGCGCCAUCGUACCUGGCUUCACGGUUCGGCUCGCCCAUUCCCUCCAGGAUGGCGACGACCGUCUUAAGCAGCACGAUCGGCCUCUCAGCGCCAUCGUGUCUCUUUCACGUUCGGAUCGCCCCAUUCCCUCCAGGAUGGCGACGAACGUCUUAUCCAGUGCGAUCGGCCCCUCAGCGCCAUCGUACCUGGCUUCACGGUUCGGCUCGCCCAUUCCCUCCAGGAUGGCGACGACCGUCUUAUGCAGCACGAUCGGCCUCUCAGCGCCAUCGUGUCUCUUUCACGUUCGGAUCGCCCCAUUCCUUCCAGGAUGGCGACGAACGUCUUAUCCAGUGCGAUCGGCCCCUCAGCGCCAUCGUACCUGGCUUCACGGUUCGGCUCACCCAUUCCCUCCAGGAUGGCGACGACCGUCUUAUGCAGCAUGAUCGGCCUCUCAGCGCCAUCGUGUCUCUUUCACGUUCGGAUCGCCCCAUUCCUUCCAGGAUGGCGACGAACGUCUUAUGCAGUGCGAUCGGCCCCUCAGCGCCAUCGUACCUGGCUUCACGGUUCGGCUCGCCCAUUCCCUCCAGGAUGGCGACGACCAUCUUAUGCAGCACGAUCGGCCUCUCAGCGCCAUCGUGUCCCUUUCACGUUCGGAUCGCCCCAUUCCCUCCAGGAUGGCGACGAACGUCUUAUGCAGUGCGAUCGGCCCCUCAGCGCCAUCGUACCUGGCUUCACGGUUCGGGUCGCCCAUCCCUUUCAGGAUGGCGACGAACGUCUCUUAUGCAGCACGAUCAGCGCCCCAGCGCCAUCGUGUCUGGCUCACGUUAGGGUCGCCCAUCCCUUUCAGGAUGGCGACGAACGUCUCUUAUGCAGCACGAUCAGCGCCCCAACGCCAUCGUGUCUGGCUCACGUUAGGGUCGCCCAUCCCUUUCAGGAUGGCGACGAACGUCUCUUAUGCAGCACGAUCAGCGCCCCAACGCCAUCGUGUCUGGCUCACGUUAGGGUCGCCCAUCCCUUUCAGGAUGGCGACGAACGUCUCUUGUGCAGCACGAUCAGCGCCCCAACGCCAUCGAGUCUGGCUCACGUUAGGGUCGCCCAUCCCUUUCAGGAUGGCGACGAACGUCUCUUAUGCAGCACGAUCAGCGCCCCAGCGCCAUCGUGUCUGGCUCACGUUAGGGUCGCCCAUCCCUUUCAGGAUGGCGACGAACGUCUCUUAUGCAGCACGAUCAGCGCCCCAGCGCCAUCGUGUCUGGCUCACGUUAGGGUCGCCCAUCCCUUUCAGGAUGGCGACGAACGUCUCUUAUGCAGCACGUCUGCCUCUCGGCGCUGACAUGCUCGAGUUCUCGUUGAGAGCUACCGCUCCUAUCACAUCUUGCAUUCCCUCUCUCAUACAUUGCACCCAUACAUUACAUGCAUUCAUGCAUCAUACCUCAUACAUUCAUACAUACACACGUGCAUCUAUCAUGUUUAUAGAUGCAUGGACCUCUAAGCUUCUCCGUUGGGAAGCUCGAGUCAGAGUGCCUUACUCCCGCCUGAUGCAUUCAGGGGGAGUGUGCCCGUGGAGGAGCACCCUUCGCCCGACCAUGUCGGAAAGGGGGGUGCCUCACUGGUAGAUUACGUUCAGGAGUACAGACACUCACUCAUAUAUUAUGAUUAUGUGAAGACACAGUUUCCAGCAAGACAGAGGAAGAGCGCAGGCAGAGUAUAUUUUCUCGAGCAGAUUCGCGAGCUCACUACUCAAGAAACUGGGGGACUUGUGUUGGGAUAUAUUAUCCCGGCCUAUUACUGUUCAGGAGCCCAAGACAUUAUCCAGUACGGAGCCCGAGCAGCUAGGCCCAUUUCGGCCUAGCCGGCCCACUUUGACCACCAGGCCUGAUAUCGGCCCGUUUGGCCCAUUAGGGUGGAGAGCCCCUUCUCUCCUUCCCCUAUAAAUACGGAGCUUAGCCUCCAUGUAAAGGAUCUCUUUCCUUCUCCAACUCAUUUACUUUCUCUAGAAUAGCUCAAUACUCCAUUAAUGGGAGCUUGUACAAUGUAAUUGUGAGGAGAGUCCUAAUGAGAAAGAGAGGGCUUGGACAUUAGCCUAAAAAGUCCCGUGGUUUUCUCCCUUUCGGGUUUCCACGUAAAAACUGAGUUGUUCAUACACAUUUAUACAUAUAUUUACUAUAUCGUGUUGGAUUAAACUCAACACUCUAUCUAGAACUCCGUUGAGCAGUUUCUUGCGCUUUGGUCUUGGUAUCUCUCUCAAAUAUUGUGUCUUGAAUUUCUAUCUCACCGAGCACGCACAAAAAAUGAUUCUCCAACUUGUAUAUAUAUAUAUAGCUCUCGCAUUGAUAGUCGUUGGCUCCUUUCCUUGAUCAAAGGAAUUUUGAAUAUCUUUCCUUGUUCAACACUUGUCAUAUUUGGAGCUAGAGAUAUUUGUUAGUCACAAUCAAAAGCCUUUUAAAUAUGGAGCACGUUUAUUAUGAAGAGUAACUCAUUCAUGCGGCAACUCAAAUAUUCAAACCAUGGUAAUAAUUUACUUGCCUUAUUAAAAGAUCAAUCUAGUCAAAUAUAGAUAUUACCAUUCAAAAUAUCUAAUCAAUUUGAAUGAUUACUGAAGAUUGAUUUUGGCAAGAAAUUAAGCUUUAAAACGUCGGCCCACAUGCAAGGCAACCAACCGAAAAUAUCCUCUUUUUUUUUUAUAUAUGAAUAGCAAGAAUGCCCUUAUAUAUAAAACUGAUUUGGUCAACUAAUUCAAAUAUGGACAUGUAUAGAUCACGUGAGAUAUAGAAAACUAUGCAUGUGAGGAAUAUCAUCCAAAGGUGGUCUAGUCCAUUAUGUAAAACGUGACAUCAUUCCGUUAUAGGUUAGUCAUCAACAAAACUAAUUAAUCAACAUGCAUAAAUAGUACCUUAACUAUUAGUAAUGUUACAUUUUGGUUCCUAAACUCUUAAAUGAUUCAAAACAAUAAUUAACUAUACAUAAAUGUUUCGAAUUGAGAUUUUAUUCAAAUUUCCAACAAAAAAGUCAAAUGUGGCUGCCAGAAUUCUACACGUAAAGUCUACUUCACCUUAUUUUUGUCUAUAUGAUCACUAUAUAGUGACUCUACACAUGAAAUUUUGUUCGGUCGUCAUGUAGGAUUUUUUUGUCAAAAAUUUGAAUAAAAUCUCAAUUCAAAACAUUUAUGUAUAAUUAAGGUAUCAAUUUGAUUCAUUUAAGAGUUAAGGUACCAGAUUAAAAUGUAACAUUACCAAUAGUUAAGGUACGAUAUGUGCUAUUGACCCGAUCAAAUAGAUCUUAACAUCAUCCCUUGCAAUUUAGUUUGUCAUGAUGCACAUAUAUAUCAUAUUGGAUAAUCAGAAAAUAUUUUUGCAGUUCGAUAACUUCAAUCUAAUCCAUUCCUUAAUUAUUAUGCGUUGUAAUAUCAAUUUUAGAGGGGAAGCUAUAGUAUUAAUAUAUACGUACAUGGGUAUGACUUUGCACUUCACUUUUUGAGUGAUAUUGCACUUGAUGUUCAUUAUAAAAAAAGACCUUGACUUUGCACCUUAUUCCAUUUAUAAAAAAUUUGACUUUUGCAUGCACUCCAUUAUUUAUAAAAUGUUAUGUAACAAAGUUAAAAAUCAAAAUUUCUUUAAAAUGAGGUUGAAAUUCAAAUUCUCCCUAAUAUAUGUAUUGAGUUGUGUAUCUUUGUUUAAUUUGUUAUGAUGAUAGGCGCUAAAGCUGUUGAAUGCUGCUAUGGGUUCAAAAUCGGUUCUCAGCGAUGUGUUUCUCGUGGAAUUGAGUAUAUAGCUACGGAUUCGGGCUACGGAUUCAUCCAUCUUAAUUUUUAUUAGCUCUAAGCUACCUCUAUCUUAGACACUCUCUGGGCUUAUUUCUGUCUAUUUCGCUUUCAUAUCUAUAUCUGUCUUCUUUUGCUCUGUGAAGUCGUGGUGUAUGUGGUUGCAUCCCAAGCCUUUAGCCUUUUGAUUAAUUUAGAGUUUUAUGGGGUGGUUUCUCUAGAGAAUUACUACUAAAUGUAACGUAUUUUAGAACUAUGGCACCCAAGUUGACAAUUUUCGCGAAGUCAUUUCAUUCAUCUGCAUGUUUUCAAA